AUGAUAAAGCAUUUGAUCCCUGAUUCAAUAGUUGAAAACCAUUUGGAGAAAUAUAUUGAUGAACCAACAACACAACCCUUUACAAUUUUAGCACCAGGGAAUGAUUACUUGGCAAGACCUUCUUCAUCUAUCAUCAAAUUUAAUAAUGCAAUUGUGAUUGAUAAACAUGAACCAGUGGAAAUUGAUAAUUCAAUAAUUUAUAUGAUUUCAGAAGUUGAAAAAUUACCAGUUGACAUUAUGAAAACUAUAAUACAAAACAAACAACUAUCAUCAUUUGUCUUGUCGAUGUCAGCAAGUGAAAAGUUAAAUUCUAUUUUAGAUGCUAAAGGAAUCACUGUGUUUGCACCUAUAAAUAGUGGUUUUACAAAAUUAGGCUUGAUAAAUCAUUAUUUGUUAACUACAAAAGGACAAGCUGAUUUGGAUUUGGUGGUUGGAUAUCAUGUUCUUGAUAAAAUUUUGUAUUUGGAAGAUAUACCUGAAGGUGAAUCAAUACAUCACACAAUUGAGGGUAAUGAACUUAAAAUUAUAAAGCAGGGAACUGAUGUAUACAUUAAAGAUGGCCACAGUGCUACUACUUCUGUUUCAGUUAUUACCAGUGGCAACAAUUUAAUUUCAAAUGGUGUCAUGCAUGUAAUUGAUAAUGUAUUGUUACCACUAUCACUAAUUGUCACAGUGAAAAAGUUGCUUAUAGGAGCUGAUGUAGAUAUUAUGUUUGAACUGAUAAAAGUGGCAAAUCUCACAGAGCUUAUAUUAGACUCAAAUGAGACAUACACUAUUUUGUCACCAACAGAUAAAGCAUUUAUUGAAAUGAAUUUUACAAAAUUGCUUGAUGAUGCUGAAAGAGUAGCACGUUUAUUGCUACUGCAUAUUAUUCCUGGGGAAAUUGAGAAUCUUCGAGAGGGUAAAGAACUUCAAACAUUACUAUCCAAUGAUGCUAAACUUGUGGUUAGAAAAGAUAUUUUCAAUGGUGGUUAUAUGUUGGAGGUGAAAGGACACUGGAGUUUUAUGGAUAAGGCAGGUAUACUAAAUAGUGGUAGAACUAGUAAUAAUGGGACAGUUUAUUUAAUUGAUAAGGUUCUAUUGCCUGAACAUGUAUCAGAAGAACCCAUUGGUAAAGCAUUUCUUGGAUUUGUUAUCGGAUUAUUAUUGUUUAGUUUUGUUAGUAGUUCUGGUGUGUAUGGGUGGGCAUGGAUACUACAUUGGAGAAAUCUUGGGCAUGAACUUAAUCCUUUGUUAUGGUGGAAACGUUGGAGAGAUGGAUAUACGCCAAUUCCUUGA